AUGGACGACAAUGGGGUUGUGUCGGACCCCGAGCUGGCCGCCCUUCUGUGCUAUUUCAUCCCGCAUGGGAUCGUCUUGGGCUCCACUGACAAUCUCUUGGAAGAGGAAAUCUUCAAGUACAUGACCCAGAGGCGUAGGAGGCUUUUGCCCUCUAACUCGUCUGCCUCCUCCUAUGGGUUCUCCAACUUGGAUUCGGCUCUCAAGGGCUUGUCGGAUAUGGACAAUCUGCCCGAGAAAGAGGACACCUUACUUGUCCAGAGCAUCGGUUGUAAUGAGGAAUACUAUGAGGAGAGUUACCUGAAUGCCAGGACUUCCAGGGAGGCUGAUUCUGUGGGUACGUCCAAGGGAUUCCACCAGAAGGGGACUUCGCUCUCAGUUGAUGACACCUUCCACCACCAGAUUCGAGAUGAAAGUCUUUUGUCUUCUUCCGAAGAGGACAGCAAGGAUAGGGAACACCCCGUGUAUGGCUUGGACAGUUCCUACCAGAGUGUCGCACACUACCGCCACGUUUCCAGUAUCUCCAAGAGCUCCCAGGACCUGUCCUAUUAUCCUACAUCCUCAUCCUCCUCCUCUUUAUCCUCAUCUUCAUGUUCCUGCCCUUCAUGUCUCACCCAAUACACCAUCCAGCCAGGAAAGCAGGCCCUUAGGGUCCCGCUCUGGGGCCAGCUGCUGCUUUUCCUGCUGUUAGUUGCCUUGCUGCUCUUUGUUUACUACUAUUGGAAGUUUAGAGUGGGCAAAGCAUUCUGA